AUGCUCAAGCCCCAGGCGAACUCCAUCAGGGAACUCGUUUCCUUGGACGGACUCUGGAACUUCGCCGUUGCCUCAUCACCAGAUAUCGAUACAGAACAAGCAUGGAAGAAGACAAUCCCACACCACUUACAGGCGCCAGUGCCUGCCAGCUACAACGACAUCUUCGCUGAUCAGGCCAUCCGAGACCAUGUCGGAUGGGUCUACUAUCAGAAGCUCGUGACGAUCCCCAAGUCCUGGUCGCAGGAGCGUCUCUUUCUGCACCUCGAUGCUGCUACCCAUAGAGGCCGUGUCUAUGUCAACGAUGACUUCGUGGUCGAGCACAUUGGGGGAUACACCCCAUUCGAGGCCGAGCUCACGUCGCUGGUAAAACCAGGUAGUCGCUUCCGCUUGACUGUUGCGAUCUAUCAGCACGAUUUCUUUAACUAUGCGGGAUUAGCGCGGUCGGUGUGGCUGUUUACUGUGCCCACCACCUUCAUCAGCGAUAUCACUCUGACUACAGACCUUACGAACGGCGGCAGCAAAGGAACCGUUGACUUCAAGAUCCAGACAAAUCAGCCAAUUGGAGAAGGACACCGGUUUAGUGUGUCCCUGGUGGAUGAGGAGGGCGAAGACGUCGCCCAUGCACGAAGCCAGGAAGGGAGGCUCACUGUUGACUCGGUUAUUCCAUGGCAGCCCGGUGCAGCAUACUUAUACACGCUCCUAGUACGAAUUACAUCAGAAAAGAGAGCUGAAACCCCCAUUCUAGAUACAUACGAGCUUCCCGUUGGCAUACGCUCUGUCCAAGUCCUCGGCAACCAAUUCCUCAUCAACAACAAACCCUUCUACUUCAAAGGCUUCGGUAAACAUGAGGACUCACCAAUCCGCGGCCGUAGCCACGACGCCGUCUACAUGGUCCACGACUUCCACCUAAUGAGCUGGAUAGGCGCCAACUCGUUCCGAACAUCGCACUACCCGUACGCAGAAGAAGUCCUCGAGUACGCCGAUCGUCACGACAUCGUCGUGUUGGACGAGACUCCAGCAGUCGGACUCAACCUCGCCGUCAAUGCUGGCAAGCACGGCUGGCCUGAAAGACCUAGUUUCGGCCCAUGCGGACGCUAUUAG